AUGGAGAAAGGCAUAUGGUUGCUUGAAAUGAUUGUAUCGGAUGAUGGUCAAAUUAUUAAAGAGAAAUAUAUUAAAGAUUCACGUCGUCAAAUCGAAGAUCUAAGUAUCAGAAUUCUCUUUGGACGAUUGAUGUGUGAUAUGGGUCAAUGGAAUCAAUCACAACAUUUCUUUCAACAGUUACUGAACAACUCCAAUAGCUACAGUGAAGAUAUUGCAAAAGUUGAAUAUAGUCUCGGUGAAGUUCUUCAAUGGAAAGGAGAAUGGAGUGAAGCACGUAAAUAUUAUGAUUGUGCUUAUGAUCGGAUGAUCACUGUAAAACCAACACAAACCAAGGAUAUAGCUAAUGUACUUUAUAAAAUUGGUGAGAUUCUUUAUCAAGAAGGAAAGUAUGAAGAAGCUCGUGUUUAUUAUGAACGAGUAUUUGCAAUGACAAAAGAAAAUUAUUCUUCUGUUGAGAUCGAUAGGUCGUAUUCAUCAAAUCAGAAACGCAGAAAUGUGUUGAAUCGUGUUCGUGCGUCGUUCCGAUUGGUUUCAUCGAAUUCUAAUAGAUUAUUUCAAUCAUAUUCUUCAUGGCUUCGAACUAGAGAUUUUCGACAAAUCUCUCAUUGGUUUCAUUCGAAACAAGCAGCCAACAGAAUGGAGUUCAAUGACGAGCACUUGGACAAAACUCAAUUAGAAGAAAUUUGUCGAAAUGUACAAGAAACUGGUUGGUUACAAUUAAGCAAGACUCAUAUUGAUGGUUAUGUGCCUAUUGCUAUGUGUCUUCUUAGCUUCGGCAAAAUCCUCUCUCAGCAAGACAAGUAUGAUGAAGCACUUAUCUUUUAUAAACAAGCAUUAACAAUGCUCGAAGAAUAUUAUCAAUGUGUUCAUAUUGAUAUCGCUGUUAUUUUCAGUUAUAUUGGUCAAAUUCUAAUAUAUCAAACGAAGUUCACGGAAGCACUCGAUUUUUUUCAACGAGCAAUGUCAAUCUAUGAAACAUAUUAUCCAAAUGGUCACGUAUACAUCGCCUCAAUUCUCAACUACAUCGGUUACAUUAUCUAUCGAGAAGGUAAGCAUGAUGAAGCUUUGAAAAUUUAUGAACGAGCAUUGGCAACACAACAAAAAUAUUAUCCAUCUGGUCAUGUCGAUAUAGCUAAUCAUCUUUGUGGGAUAGGACAUGUUCACUAUGGACGAGGAAAAUAUAACGAAGCUCUCAUAUUUUAUGAAAUAGUACUAGAAAUUCAGCAGAAAUAUUUUUUUUCUGGUCAUGACGCAAUUAUUGUUAUCCUCAAUAAUUUUGGCUAUGUCCUAAAGGAACAAGGAAAGUAUGACAUAGCUCUUGAUUUUCAUCGACAAGCACUAGCACUUCAGGAAAAAUACUAUCCAUCUUACUAUGCAACCAUCGCUAACACUCUCAAUUACAUCUCUAAUGUACUACUUUGUCUAUCAAAAUAUGAUCAAGCUUUAUGUUAUUGUCAACGAGCACUAAAAAUGCAAGAGAGUUAUUAUCCUUCUGGUAAUGCUUCAAUAGCUUCAAGUCUCAACAACAUUGCCAUACUGUUCUGUAUGCAAGGAAAGUACAAUGAAGCUCUUGAUUUUAAUAGACGAGCACUAGCAACUGUUGAAAAGCACACC